GGCUGUUCGACGUGGCUACAACUCACCGGUCCUUCCGAGCUAAGUGAAAACAUCAGAGUUUUUGUAUAAGAGAGGGUAACAUUUAUCCAUUAAAAUCAACUGCAUCUCGCCAUGCAUAGCUUUAGUUACAGCGUGAUAUUGAUAUGCAGUAUUUUGGCUACAGUAAUUGUUGCAAAUCAGGAUGGCAUAAGUACUAAUUUAGAAAAUAAACUAGUUUCUAGAAAAAUAGACUUGGAGUCGCAGCUGGUUAAAAUCACUACUAAAGUUACCGUAGCCAACACCGGCUCAACACCAACCAAAUUGUAUGUGCUUGCAGUUGAUGCAGGACUGAGCGAUAACUUGGCCUCGGUUGUCGCAUCUUCUGCAUCUGAAGAUGAAGGCGUUAGUUUGUCUGUUGCAAAAACCAGCAUCAAAGGUCUUGCUGGAAAAGUACUAUACAGAGUAACACUAGAUCAAAAUUUGGUUGGUGGUGGAGAAGUCCAGCUAGUAAUAGAAAUGGUUUUUAGCAAUGCGCUUCGCCCGUACCCAACGCAGAUCACGCAGAAGGAGAAACAGUUCGUAGAGUUUACUGGCAAUGGUUACUUUUAUUCGCCAUACAAAACUAAAUCACAGACUACAGAGGUACAGCUGUCGUCAAGUAGCAUUGAAUACUUCAGUAAACUGAACCCAGUAGCCGUUAAUGAAGAUGUCAUUACAUUCGGGCCGUAUGAGGAUAUCGCCGCAUUUACUUCGGAGAAAAUCCGUAUCCAUUAUGAGAAUAACAACGCUUUUCUGACGAUAACCAGUAUGACGCGUGUUGUCGAGGUUUCUCAUUGGGGAAACAUUGCCGUUGAAGAAACCUUUGAUAUCCGACAUGUUGGUGCCAAGUUGAAAGGUUCUUUCUCUCGUUAUGAUUAUCAGCGAUCACAAGAGGGCGCAUCAGUUAAAUCAUACAAGACAAUUCUACCAGCCUCUGCCACUGAUGUUUACUAUCGUGAUGAGAUCGGUAAUAUCUCCACCAGCCAUCUGGUAGAGCAUGAUGAGUACAUUGAGCUGGAGCUCCGACCUAGGUUCCCUCUGUUUGGUGGUUGGAAGACCCACUACUACAUGGGGUACAACCUGCCUAGUUACGAGUACCUUUACAGCUCAGGUGAUGAUUAUAUCCUGAGGAUGCGGUUCGUAGAUCAUGUGUUUGAUGCAAUGGUUGUUGAUGACCUGACAGUAAAGAUUAUCCUCCCUGAAGGCAGCAAAUAUCCGAGCUGCAAAAAUUUAGCGCACAAGCUAAGGAGCUCGCUCAGCAAAGUGUUACCAAUGCUGAGAAGUUAGUGUCUGGCAAGUUCAGCAAACAACAGUAUCUGGAUCAAGAUAAAGUUAACAAGGCCAAGCGAGAGGACGUUGACCACAAAAUUCAAAAUGUCCUAGCUAGUCUUUAAAUCUUCAUCAACAUACCAGUUAUAAAAACAAAAUAUGAUGAUAAUAUUCAAAAUAAAUGCCUUAAUUCAUGCUUUUUUGCAAAUUUAUUGUAGCUUAGAAAUAAUUGGUUCUUUUCUCUUACGAUGUAGAAGUCCCGGGUCACAAGUACACACAAUGUUUAUGCUGUCUUUGGAUGUCAUUUUUCCUUGUAUUUCGUAGAUUUUUUUCUUUUUUUUUUCUUGUAUUUGAUGUUUUUGUUUUCAUGGACCAUGGAAAUUCCACAGGAGAAAGCUUGAUUUUUGAUUUUUAUUCCAUGCUUAUGGCAAUACAAGAAUGCUUAAAAGGACUUGGCAUGAAGAGUGUAGUGGCCAACACACAGCUGUCAGGUCAUUUAUAUAGUUAAAUGUAAUUGAUUGCAAUGCCUUUUCGGAGUGGCUGGGUUUUUCACAGGUAGAGGCCAGUUUGGUAUCUAUCUGCCAUAUCAUUGAUAAAGUUACAUUUGGUGUUCUUUUACAAAUGGAAGACCAUUUUAUACAGUUAGCUAGCCAUUGCAAGACGGUAGACCAUUGUUUGUCCUUAGAUGGGCAGCCUGAGCUGCGUCCAAUAGUCCAUGUAGGUUGCUACCCAAUUCUCAAAUUCAAUAUCUUUGUCCUCUAUUCUGGUAAUAUUUGAAAAUAAACACACCAAACUUGAUAAUAAAA